AUCUAGACUAUAUUAUAUGAAAAAUAAGAUUCACGUCAAAGACCCGUUAAACCAUUGGUUAUUUGAAAACUAUAAUUUAGCGUAUACAACGAAUUUCGAGGAAUGUUUACUGGAAUAUGAAGCCAUGACAAACGAUGAAAAUGAAGAUGAUAGAAAACGAAAUGAAGUUGUAUUGGAUGAUCUUUCAACGGCAGAUAAAAAAGUGAAAAUGGAUAAUUAUGCGUCAUUUUCUGUCUCUGAAACUAAGAAACAGAUUCGGAAAUUAAUUUAUGAAUACAACAAGAAAAUAAAUGACAAUGAAAAGCAACUUUUACAACUCUCUAUACAGCUUCUUCAUUCUCAGAUACUUUUAUAUUCUGACAUGGCGGCCAAUCGGCACAUCAACGUAACAUUUCGUAUUAGUUCGACAACGAAUUUUUCUGCGAUUCCCAUGCGACAUCGAUGGUCUACGUAUUUCACGUGGGUGAGAAAAAUAUUGAAUCAGGUGCAAGAACAGGUCCAGACCUUAGAGGCGGAAAUACCACCAAUGCUUGAAGCCUACGAGGAAACAAGGUUAAUGAUGGAUGCCGAAAUAAUGAAAAGAAUGGAUGUCAAAGUGGUAGGAAUGACGACGAGCGGAGCUGCCAAAAUGCGGAAACUGCUGUCAGCGGUCGCCCCCGAAAAUUGUUAUAGUAGAAGAAGCGGCAGAAGUUUUGGAACAGCACAUAAUUACGGCGCUGACAAGAGACUGCCAACACCUAAUCCUCAUUGGUGACCAUCAACAGUUGCGGCCUUCGGCAUCUCACAUUAAGCUAGCCAGGCAUUACGGGAUUGAAGUGUCUCUGUUUGAGCGCAUGAUAACAAACGGUAUCCAUAGCCGGCGGCUGAACGUGCAGCACCGGAUGCGUCCGGAGAUAGCCGCACUCAUAGCACCAAACAUAUAUUCUGAUUUAGCGAAUCACCCAUCCGUCGAAAGGUUUGAUAACAUACUCGGUAUGGAAAAGAACCUCUACUUCUUCACGCAUAAUUUUAAAGAGGAGGAAUCGUCUGAUAGUAACAGCCGUUCUAAUAGCACAGAAGCUGACAUGACGCUUGCUCUAGCGAAUUAUAUCAUUCUACAAGGGUACAAACCAGAAGACGUCACCAUACUUGCUGCAUAUUCAGGACAAAUGUUUUAUAUGAAACAAGUAAGUGUGCUGAUAAUGCUGUAAAAACAGAAUUGCAAUAAAUCCAUAAUAAUAUUAUUAAUGUAAAGGUAUCCAGUGGUAUCUGCCUGUCUCGCUUUCACGUCACACAUCUUUGACAGUCGUUACAGGUAGUCAGAA